AUGGAACAGUACGAGCCCAUCCUCAGCAUCGGCCAGGGCUCCAGCGCCGAGGUCUUCUUGAUGAGGAACGCCAGCACGAAGAAGCUCUUUGCCGUCAAGAAGGUCAAGACGGUGCCCGGGAAGCGGCUGCGCAGCAAGGAGGCCAUCCUGCAGGAAGUGGCCAUCCUGCGGCAGCUGCAGCACCCCCAUGUGGUGGCCUGCCAUGGCCACUUCCUGGACACCGAGGAGGCGCAUGUUUUCAUCGUGCAAGAGUACUGCGACGGGGGCUCCCUCGACCAGCAUAUCCAGAAAGGGGGUCCCUUUCCCGAGAGCGUCAUCAUGCGGUGGUUUGUGCAGCUGGCCCUGGCGGUGCAGUACAUCCACACCCUGAGGAUCUUGCAUAGGGACAUCAAAGCCUCCAACGUCUUCCUCACCCAGACCUGCAUCCUCAAACUGGGGGAUUUCGGCAUCUCCAGGGUGAUGGACGGCACCCUGGAACUAGCCAGCACCUUUGUGGGCACGCCCUAUUACCUCAGCCCCGAGCUCUGCCGGGACCUUCCCUACAGUUCCAAGGCAGACGUCUGGGCCCUGGGCUGUGUCCUCUUUGAGAUGUGUGCCCUGCAGCCCCCCUUCCAGGCCUUCAGCAUGAUCAGCCUGUUCCAUAAGAUAGUGAACUCCAGCCCCAGCCCCGUCCCGCCCAGCUACCCGGCCCCCCUGCACAGCCUCAUCCAGAGCAUCCUGCAGAAGGACCCCACAGUCCGGCCCAGUGCCAGCACCAUCCUCACCUUCCCCUACGUCCAGCAGCACCUCAGCCUUUACUUCCUCAACCGGGAGCCUCGGCUCCCCCGCCAGCUGCCGCCCGAAGCCCCUCCCGAAGGAGAGGGGGCUAAGCCCAGUCUGCUCAAGGCCGCCCCAGAGGGCUCCCUGGCCCCCUUGAGUGGUGCAACCGAGGCGCCCGGCUCUACCUGGCGCCCCUCCCUGCAGCGCGGCUGGACCCUCGCAGACAGCCCGAGUGUCUAUAGCAGCGCUUCGCAAUACUCGGCCGACUUUGAGGACACGAGCACUUCUUCCAUUGGCAGCAGCUCAGAUGCAGAUUUCCCCGUCAACACUGAGGCAACCGAAACCUCUUCUGAGGACAACUGGGAGGCCCGGGACUUUGAGGACUCGGAGGAGGCCGCCCUGGCCGAUGCGGUGGACACGCUUGAAUGGGCCAUGCAAGACAAUGACAGCGACUUUGGUGGAAGCGACUCCGGCAGCUUCGGCUCCAAGGACUCGGAGCGCCUGUCAGGUUGGGAGGAUUUCGAGGACACGCAGGUCGGCCGUUUGCUGCGGAGCCUAGAUCUGGAACAGGGAGAGGGCAGCGCCGGAUGCCAACCAAAGCGAACGUAA